GUGUGAGAUAAGGAAUAAAAAAGAGAUAGAGAUAGAGAGAGAAGGAGAAAAUUAUUGUAUGGUAGUAGUAUUUUAGCUGCUAAACACUCAAGCAGAAAACCUCUGUAAGAAGAAGAAGAAGAAGAAGAAAUAGUCUGUGGAUGGAAUCUUGUAGUUGUAACCAUUGUUUUUGUCUAGUUUCCUUGGAAAUAAAACCUUAUACUGUGUAAACUUGGGAUUUAGCUGUUUUCAGCAAAAUCUUUGGUUUCUUCUGAAAGCUGAGCUGUUCUCUUUUUGUUUUUUUGGUUCCUUCUCACUUAUACUCAUCAUCUUCCUUCUUCUCCAACUCUUCACACUCCAAAUCUCAGCUCUCAAAAAUGAUGUCUGAUGACGGACUUUCUUCAUUAGCUUUCAUUCAAGAUCCAAACUCAAACCCUAGUAGUAAUAAUCCAAACCCUAACUCAAAUCCAUCUGCUAAACGAAAAAGAAAUCUCCCCGGAAAACCAGAUCCAGAUGCAGAAGUGAUAGCACUAUCACCAAAGUCUCUGAUGGCGACGAAUCGAUUCAUAUGUGAAAUCUGCAACAAGGGUUUUCAGAGGGACCAGAAUUUACAGCUCCACAGAAGAGGUCACAACUUGCCAUGGAAGCUAAAGCAAAGGAACAAAAAUGAAGUGAUCAAGAAGAAAGUUUAUAUUUGUCCCGAAAAGACGUGUAUCCACCAUGAUCCAUCGCGAGCUCUUGGAGAUUUAACAGGUAUUAAAAAACAUUUUUCGAGAAAACAUGGCGAGAAGAAGUGGAAGUGUGAGAAAUGUUCCAAGAAAUAUGCUGUUCAAUCUGAUUGGAAAGCUCAUACAAAGAUUUGUGGCACAAGGGAAUAUAAAUGUGACUGUGGAACUCUAUUCUCCAGAAAGGACAGCUUUAUAACACAUCGAGCAUUUUGUGAUGCGUUAGCGGAAGAAAGUGCAAGAUUUACAUCAGUUCCAAGUACAGCAAAUCUGAAUUUCAGAAAUGAAAUUUUGCUGAAUGGGGGAUUUGGCAAUACUAAUCCUGGAAAUCCCCAAUUUGGUUCUAAUUUGUUUAGGCCUGAAUUUAUGGGACUUGGAUUGGACCCUGCAAUUAGUCAUCAUCAUCAACCACAGCUCAAUAAUGUCGAUGGACAAAAACCAAGGAUACCGCUUUGGUUGGACAAUAAUAUGCAUCCGAAUCCAGCUGGUAAUGAUUUCUUAGUAGCAUCGUCAAGCUCUACUACUAGCAAUUUGCCUCAUCAUGAAUUGGUCCAAAUCGCGGCACAUAACAAUAAUCAACAAUGGUUCAUUAAUGGUGAUGAUUCUGGAAUUGGCUCUUCCUCGUCUCAACUUCCUUCACGAGUACUGCUAAAGGAGGAAGAAGAGAACAAAAGAAAUAUGUCGGAGACAAUAAGUUCAAUGUACUACAACAAUCAUCACAAUGAAACAACAGCACCAGCUACUCAUAUGUCGGCUACUGCACUUUUACAAAAAGCAGCCCAAAUGGGAUCAACGAGGAGCAAUUCGUCCCUCUUUGGUGCUGGAUUCGGGCUAAUGGGCUCGUCUUUUUCUAAAACCAAUGGACAAGGACAAUUUGCUGCUCAUGAUCAGAAUUUUAACGGCUUAAUGAUGAACUCUCCAUCAACAACUACGAAUAAUCAAGGAAAUAGGCUGUUGUUCGGGGAUAUGAAUUCGAGUUCAUUAGAAGGUAAUGCAAGUGGAAAGAACUCAGAUCCUUUCAAUUUGAUGCCGCGUAACAACAAAGGAAAACAAGUGAAUCUUAGUGGAAAUGAAGCAAUUGAAGGAGGUUUAACAAGAGAUUUUCUCGGGGUAGGAGGGAAUGAAAGUAGGCCUUUUCUAUCGAAAAAUGAGCUAGCCAAGUUAGGUAACAUUUCUGGUUCAGCCAUGGGAUUAAGCGACUAUAGUGGAAGUCAUUGACUCGAUCUGAGUUCAACUGUUGUUUUUCACUCAAAAUAUAUACACAUAUGCACAAAAAAGUUAUGUGUGCUGCGCACACAUUCUAAAGUGAAUUACUCAAAAGGUCCAUACUUGUGGGGAUAUGUUAUUUCAAUGAUUUUCACUAUAGUGGAAUGAUACAAUGUUCAGAGUGUGGAGAAAAAAUGAAGUUGGAAGAAGGCCAAAAGUUUCAAUGUUCAUGAGAAAAGAGAGAGAAAGCAGCAGUAAUUUUGAGAGAUCUUGUGAAUUGUCAGAGAAAAAAAAGGGUGGGGACCACUGAAUGUUGGAAGAGAUUUGUUAAAAGGGACUUGACAAUCACAAGUCAGCCUUUUUUUUCCUCCAUUGUGUUUACUUACUGCUUGUAGAAAUAUUUCUGCCUUUUUACAAAUUUAUUUUCCUUUGAAUGUUCAAUUGCUUACUGCAUACCUGUGAACUCUCUAGGCUCACUGCCAUAUUCAGAAUCUUUUAGAAUUUUCAAUUAUGUUGGUUGUUAUUUUCA